GCCUCUGAGAGGGAACUGGUAUCCCGGACCCAGGAGGCUGCCUGCUCGGUCCAAGCCCCCGGUCCACUCCAGGGAAGUCCUGGAGAGAGACUUGGGACUGGGUGGGAGGUGCCUGGGGGGUAUGCUCAGAGGGCCUGGGGACCACCAGGCAAGGCCAAGGCAGGAGGUAGCCCAGGGAGCCUCCAAGCCACAGAGACCAGCUUGAAGGAGGCCCCUCUAGCCCACCACGUGCUGAUGUCCAAGCCCUGGGCUGCGCCGGCCUGCCCACAGCCCUGUAAUGCCUCUGUUCCUCCUCCUCCUCCUCUCCCAGCUGCGGUGACAGAACCUGAUUCCCAGGGCCCAGCCCACGAUGACAAGGACUCCAUCGAGCAGGCCUGCACGCCCCAACAGGAUUCCCUUCUCCACUCCCUCCACAGCCCUGCUGACCAGAGAAACCCCGGGGAGUCCUCAACAAAGACCCCCGAACUGGAGUCCACCGUGCCCCCCAGAAAGAAGCCCCCACUGCCCCCCAAGCCUGCACACCUAAGCCAGCUCCCUCCUCCCCCGUGGCUGCCCAAAGCUCUGUUGUCCAGCGCCUCCAAGGAGGUGGAGCAAGGAGACUCCAGACAAGGUGAGACCCCCACGGCGUGCCAAGGUCACCCAGCUCCAGCCAGAUGCUCCAGUGGGCACAGCCAACAUGGCCCCAAGUCCACGGGCCCCAAGAGUCAAGCUGCAGGCAGCAAAGAGCCCCCCAAGCUCUCAGGUCUCAGCGAUGACCCCACUUCAUGGCAGCCAGGCCCCAGCCCUCCAGGAGAGAAGCCAGUGGAAGGACCCCAGCCUGGGGCCCUGGAGAGCCCCAAGACACUGCAGGGAAGCCAGCAUGAGCUGCACGGCCUGCUGAGCCAGGUGCAGGCCCUGGAGCGGGAGGCCGCGGACAGUGCGGACAUCACGGCACUGCGGGGGCUCUUUAAGGCCGUCUCUCCACCGGGAGGGGUCCCUCCAGCUGCCCCCAGCAAGCCCGAGGUCUCAGUGGACCAGGCCUUCGGGGAGCUGUCAAAGGUCAGCACAGAGGUAGCCCAGCUGAAGGAACAGACCCUGGCCAGGCUGUUGGACAUCGAGGCAGCCGUGCACAAGGUCCUCAGUUCCAUGUCCAGCCUGCAACCUGAGGCUAGCAGAGACCAGGGACCCCCGAAGGACCCAAAUGCCUGCCGGGUCAGCGUUGUGGACUACAGCGGAGCCAGGCCCAAUGGCUCAGGACAGGAGCUUAGAGAUCAAACUACCAUCAAGAGCCAAACCGAAGGCACCUGCCAUCCUGAGACGCCCGGUCAAGCCCAGUACAGAAACCACCCAGAGGCCGGAGUUCAAGCUGGCUUUCGGGCACCUUCCACCCGCGGGCUGGAGACACUGAAAGAAGGCUCAGGCCUCCCUCAAGCCUGGCCUUCCACCAGUGAUCCCUCCUCCUCCCCAACCUCCAUGUCCAGAGGAUCAGCCUCUGGGAGGCUUCCAGUGGUGCCCAGUCCUAGGGGCAGCCUCCAUGUCUCAGGGAGAAGCAAGGACCUGGAUGUGGGGCAGGUGAGUGCAGGGUCAGGCUGCUGCCCGCACUGCGGAGCCAGGAGGUCUGGGACUGAGACAUGUGCUGGUGUGGACGAGUCUAGGGCCACGGGACUGUCCUCCUGCAGCACCACAGGGCAGGCAGGGCUGCCCGGGGUGUCAGGCCCCCACCCAGAGCUCCAGGCCCCCCCGCUGCUGAGGCAGCUCUUGCCCAGUGGCCUGGCAGAGGCCGGGUUGGGACGUUGUAGUCACUCCCUGCCAGCUGCCCAGUGACACGGGCCUCUCUUUCCAAGGCCCAAGUGCUGAGGUGGUGCCAUCCUCCUCCUCCACAUGAGGCAAGGACAGGGAGAAAGUGCAUCUGUCUCUGUGGGGGAGCACAUCUUAGGUGUCCCCUCACACAAGAUCUAGCUCAGGCACCCAAAAUUCACCCCGGUGAGACCACCACUGCAGGGGACAGAGUCCUUGGAGUGACCCUCCACCCCCAGCCUGUGUUUUUUUUUUUCCAUUCAAAUGGCUGCAGGGGACGUAUGUGAAGUGGGGAGACGAGAAACAGCAGCCUCGAGAAGGGGGUCUGCCGCUUCCCUCUCUGCCCAUCUCAGCCACCCAAGGGAGUGCCCGGGGAAACCUAGAACUGGUGGAAGUCUGCGAUGAGCCCCUGCACGAUGCAGGCCUCAUGGCUCCCCAGCUCCACCAGGCCUGGGGUCAAGCUGUGCCUGGGGUCCAUUUGCUGUGGGAAAUGACCCCUGCCAUCAGAUUUCUCAUAGAGCCAUGGCCUCAGACUGGAGCGAGGAAUUGCUCUCUGCAGGAAAGGAAAAUCAAUCCUAGACCUUACCCAGGCUUUUCAGGUCCACCCCCAUAGAAAAAAAGAGUUUCAGGCAGAGUUGAAGAGUGAAGUAAAACAGUUUGAGAUUAUAAGGAAGAAGAAAAAGAGAGACAGGGUGGGGGGGAGAGAAAGAGAGGGAGAAAGAGAGAGAGAAAGAGGGAGAAAGAGAGAGACAGACAGACAGAGACAGAGACAGAGCACAGAAUACACAUCUCAGGUGGAGAUGCAGGCUGCCUUCAAGACUGGGGAGGUGUCCCACUUGCCUUUGCAGAGUUGUUUUAUAUAGUUUUUUUUUCCCCUCUAAGCUUUCCCCUCAUGUGGCUGUCUACUUAGAUAAGAGUCCACUGCUAUGGCAUUAUCGAGGGGAAGAGCUUGAAACUUUUGGUGUCCACCUUCAUGUCCUUAUCACAGCCCUUUGUUUCUGCUAGAACUUCUGGGGCGGAGGGGGCAGGGAGAAGGGGCAGCCUUCUUGGGGCCUGUGCUGGCGCCACUUAAGAGUCUUAUCAGACCUCAGUUCCUAUGUCCACAAAGUGGGUCCAGCCCUAAUGCUUUUAGCUACGGGGCUAGUGUUAAAGUAACUUCUUCCAAAUCCCCGCUUGGUUUUAUUAUGUGCCAAGAACUCGUUGCCAGCCCCACCCCUCCUGCUUCAGAACUGUUCCUGGAGCAGCUGCUCCUUGAUUCCUGGAGAGGACAAGGCCACCUGCGAGCACGCGGGAGGGGGCUCUGUUUGGGCUGGCCUGAGGGUCCCCCUCUGCAGUCCCUCCGGCUCCAGCUCCACUGUCAUGCAGUCAGCAAAGUCCCCACAUGCCUGAGGGCCGCCUCUCCACCCCCACUGCCCAGACUCUGUGCCCGAAUGGGAAGAACACAUUGUGAAUAAACCCCGGUGUG